GGACUGUGCGGGCCUCCAGAGGGGCGACCGGGCCCGGGCCGCUGCACGCCGAGGGCGGAGGCCGAGCCGGGCCUCGCCGCCCCGCGGCUGUCCGUGCCCGCCUGCGCCGAGCGCCGGAGGAUGAGUUUCCCGGGAUCCCGCAGAUUUAUGAAAAUAUGCAUCACUUUGAUACUGUCUUGGAAUUCAUGAGAUGGAAGCAUAGGUCAAAGCUGUUUGGAGAAAAUUGGAACUACAGUUUUAUCUAGCCACAUCUCUGAGGAGUUUGAAGAAAGCAGCAGGUGAAAAGUCAUUGUCAAGGGAUUUUGUUCUUCUAUAAGGAAACCUCAUUCAGUAAAGUCAUUUAAAUUAGUGACGUAGCAAGACCAGUAAUUCAAAGUGGCAGUGCACAGGAUACGUGAAAAUUGAACAAUGACUCAGCUAUCUACUUACAUCAGAUUAUUGGGAGCCUGUCUGUUCAUCGUUUUUCAUGUUCAAGGGCAGAAUCUAGACAGUAUGCUCCAUGGCACUGGUAUGAAAUCAGACUUGGACCAGAAGAAGCCAGAAAAUGGAGUGACUUUAGCACCAGAGGAUACCUUGCCUUUCUUAAAGUGCUAUUGCUCAGGACACUGCCCAGAUGAUGCUAUUAAUAACACAUGCAUAACUAAUGGGCAUUGUUUUGCCAUUAUAGAAGAAGAUGAUCAGGGAGAAACCACAUUAACUUCUGGGUGUAUGAAGUAUGAAGGCUCUGAUUUCCAAUGCAAGGAUUCACCAAAAGCCCAGCUACGAAGGACAAUAGAAUGUUGUCGGACCAAUUUGUGCAACCAAUAUUUGCAGCCUACACUGCCCCCUGUCGUUAUAGGUCCAUUUUUUGAUGGCAGCAUUCGAUGGCUGGUUGUGCUCAUUUCCAUGGCUGUCUGUAUAGUCGCUAUGAUCAUCUUCUCCAGCUGCUUUUGUUACAAACAUUACUGUAAGAGCAUUUCAAGCAGAGGUCGUUACAACCGUGAUUUGGAACAGGAUGAAGCAUUUAUUCCAGCAGGAGAAUCAUUGAAAGACCUGAUUGACCAGUCACAGAGCUCUGGCAGUGGAUCUGGACUACCUUUAUUGGUUCAGCGAACUAUUGCCAAGCAGAUUCAGAUGGUUCGGCAAGUUGGUAAAGGCCGGUAUGGAGAAGUGUGGAUGGGUAAAUGGCGUGGUGAAAAAGUGGCUGUCAAAGUGUUUUUUACUACUGAAGAAGCUAGCUGGUUUAGAGAGACAGAAAUCUAUCAGACGGUGCUAAUGCGUCAUGAAAAUAUUCUUGGCUUUAUAGCUGCAGACAUUAAAGGCACUGGUUCCUGGACUCAGCUGUAUUUGAUUACUGAUUACCAUGAAAAUGGAUCUCUCUAUGACUUCCUGAAAUGUGCCACACUAGAUACCAGAGCCCUACUCAAGUUAGCUUAUUCUGCUGCCUGUGGUCUGUGCCACCUCCACACAGAAAUUUAUGGUACCCAAGGAAAACCUGCAAUUGCUCAUCGAGACCUGAAGAGCAAAAACAUUCUAAUUAAGAAAAAUGGAAGUUGCUGUAUUGCUGACCUGGGUCUGGCUGUUAAAUUCAACAGUGAUACAAAUGAAGUUGACAUACCAUUGAAUACCAGGGUGGGCACCAAGCGCUACAUGGCUCCAGAAGUGCUGGAUGAAAGCUUGAAUAAAAACCAUUUCCAGCCCUACAUCAUGGCUGACAUCUAUAGCUUUGGCUUGAUCAUUUGGGAAAUGGCUCGUCGUUGUAUUACAGGAGGAAUAGUGGAGGAAUAUCAAUUACCAUAUUACAACAUGGUGCCCAAUGAUCCAUCCUAUGAAGAUAUGCGUGAGGUUGUGUGUGUCAAACGCUUGCGGCCAAUAGUGUCUAACCGCUGGAACAGUGAUGAAUGUCUUCGAGCAGUUUUGAAGCUAAUGUCAGAAUGCUGGGCCCAUAAUCCAGCCUCCAGACUCACAGCUUUAAGAAUCAAGAAGACACUUGCAAAAAUGGUUGAAUCCCAGGAUGUAAAGAUUUGACAGUUAAAUGACUGUGAGGAAGACUUUAGACUGCAAGAACUUUACCCAAGGAAUGGGUAGAAUUAGCAUGGAAUAGGAUGUUGGCUUGGUUUUCAGACUCUUUUUUUUUUUUUCUACAUCUUCACAGGCUGCUAAUAGUAAACCUUUCAGUACUCUACAGAAUACAAGAUUGGAACUUUGAAACAUGUCAUUCUUUAUAUAUGGACAGCUUUGUUUUAAUUUUUUUUUUUUUUGAUGCUCUUUUGGUUUUUAUGAACUGUCAAGACUCCAAUCCUGAUAAGAAGUCUCUAGUCAAACUCUCUCGGUAUUCAAUAUCCUGUCCAUAAAGUGAUGCUUUCUGUGAAAGCCUUAAGAAAAUUAAUGAGCUCAGCAGAGAUGGAGAAAGACAUUUGCCUUCUAUCGGAGAAAGCAUCUUUCUUUGUUCUGUCUUUGUAAAAGAGCCUAUAGAUUAUGGUCUCUCUGGGAUACUGCCUGGCUUAUGAUGGUGCACCAUGCCUUUGAUAUGCACACCCGAAUUCCUCUGCUGCCGUGGGGCUUAGAAGGAAAGAAUGUAUGGCUGCAUGGGAGGGUAUCUGUGGCCAGUGGUUUAAAUAUGCAAUAUCUGAUCAACAUUCGCCAAUCUCACGACAGCCAUCUACCUUGUAACUAGUAACUUCUCCACCAACUUUAUUUUUAACAUAAUAGUUGUAAAGGCCAAAAUAAGUGUAAAGCGUUCAUAAAUUUGGACUGUUUUCCUUCUGUCAUCAUUUUGUUUUCAUUUUUGGUAAUUUUGUUAUGAAAUGCCUCCUAUCCAGAGCUGAAGCUCACGGCCUUGAACCAUACUUUGAAAGAAACCGCCUCUUUCUAGAGUCAGCCUUACUGCAUUAAUAGCACUGUGUGUGCCUGUGAUCACAUUCUGAAGUCUUUGUUCACAGUACCUCUUAAAAAGGGAAGUUUGUCAUGUGUAAUGUGCUUUUAUUGUCAAAGCCUGCAUAGCCAUCAUUUAGCCAUAUUUUACAUACAUACUUAAUUCUAUAUAAAACAGCUCACAUGGAUCUCAUAUCUGAUCCUUAAUGGGGGAAAUGUUUUAAAGUAGAACUGUGUAUGAAUUUCAGAAUUUGUGCAUUUAAAAACGUCAGUCAAAAACUUCAUUAGGAUAUUGCCUCAGAUUUCUUUUAUGAGGAUAUCAUCUGAUAUAAAUUUGUCAAUAACUGGUAAAUGUAUUUUAGAUAUUUAAAUCUUUUGAAAUUUGGUUUUAUAAUUUUUGGUCCCUAACUUGUAAAGACAGAGGCAGAAAUGCUCAGUAUGUGGUCACUGCUCAUAUCUACACUGAAUGUUAUUAAAGUGUUGUGUAUUUUAUAGAGGCCUUGUUAUCUCAGAGAACAGUCCUGGUUCAAACUUAUUAUAGCAGUAUCAUAACUUUUUAAAUGUUUAUUCUGAGCAAGCAACCAUGUGAGGAUCGAGUGGCAUUGUUUCUUUGGAUGAAACAUAAAUUAAAGGUGAUUGUGUCACAACAUAGUCGAAAACGAUUUAAAUUAAAUGGGAGGCAGGCAGAGCAUAUGUCUGUCCAUCUGUCCUUCUAUACACGUACGACUAAAUAUAAUUCCUACAGAUCAUAUUCCACAAAUUUGAGAUUUGUUUUGACUAUUCUACUUAGUGAGUUUCAUCUAAUGUAUCUAAAGCCUGAGAGAACACUGAGGUCUGAUUUUACAUAAGCUCAGUUAACCUUGGAUAUAUUUUGCCUGAAUAACUAAGUCUUGAAAAUCACCUAAUCAUCCACCACCUCCCCAUGACUGUACACAUUACAACACAUUACAAACAGUAACAUUCUUUGAAAGGCAAAUGCUGCUGUGUUUCUUAUUUGGAAUCCUAAAAUUUAAAGUUGCAUUAAACUUACUGUAUUCUGUUCUCUCUCUUACUGUUAAAUUUAAAAUUCAGUAAGUGGUAUAAAGGUCUCAUAGACCUUAGGGCCAGUGAGAGCUCAGUAGGUAAAGGCACUUGCUGCCAAGCCCACCAGCCUAGGUUCAGCCUCUGGGAUACACGUGGUGAAAGGAGAGAACCGGCUACCCCAUAAUUGCCCUCUGACUUCCACACACUCCAUAGCAUGCACCCCAUCCCCACCCCAAACACACAUCAUGUGCUCCACGUAUCAAACACAAAUGUAAUUAAAAAGAAAAAAUACAGCUGACCAUAUUAUGUGUUGAGUAUUUUGUAGUUAUGUAAUAACUUGUAAAAUCUGGAAACUAUGAUUUGGUUCCCCUUUGAAUCUAGAGUUUAAAAAAUAACAUGGCUAAAGCUAGCCAUCCCUUUAAAUAAUUAAAAUAUAAAAGCCAAAGCCCCAGACUACCUAAAUAAAUGCCAACUAAUCCAGGAAGAUGGUAUGAGUGGUUUUUUGUGGUUGGUAGUUCUGGGGUAGAGUAUGUUAAGAUUUGCCCUAGCCCAUAUCUCUGAGUACUGUUCUAGGUACAGAAUUUGAACUGGUUUCUCUGGAAAUAUAACAAAAGAUUUUUAGUCAGCAUGUUUCACCCGUAAAGUGACCUUUUGCUGUUAUCAACUGUUGUCCUGGAAUGUGCCAGUUUUUAUUUAUUCAUUCUAAUAAUAAUAAUACGUUUUUCUUCUUAGAUUUUUUUUUGUUUGUUUAGAAUAAAAAGGCAGUAAUUUUUCAAGAACUGUGCAUCUCCGAUUUGGCCUAAGGUCAAAUUGGAUAUUGAGUAGUUCAUUCCAGGGCCCAUUUCCUAAGUAAAAGGAUUGAAAUGUUUCCAAAUGUCUAAGAUAAUUUCAACAGGAGUGAAAAAUCUUUCAUGUUAAAAGAAAGAUUGUGUGGGGCCUUGUGGUGUUGACACAACUUGACUUGAAUCAGAUGUUAAGCAGUGGCAGUUCGCUCACCUCCUGCCUGGCUGGGAGAGGGGUGGAAAUUAGGCAAGGGAGACCUGGUGCAGUGUGUGCAUCCACAGGGAAGGAUCAUCCGGAAAAGAAAGCCUAUGAAUAUGGCUUUUGCAAAGAAUUAGACAUAAUACUGUAAUCUUAGGUUGUGCUCUGUAUGCUCCUUUCAGUGGAAUUAUUUAAGCUCUUUAGUGACCUUUGUUUUUCCCAAUUAAAAACUAAAAUGUAGCAUAUAUUGUAUAAAAUGAAAAUAUUAUAGCCUAGGGUAACUGUACAUAAGGCAUUGACAGGUUUAAAAAAAGCAUUUUUAUUAUGCAAUUGUAAAACACCAAAAAUAUAAAUUCAUCUUUGAUAUGUAACACACUAAAUGUAUUUUGUACAGCAUCUGGUUUAAAAGGUGCCUUAUUAAGUUUACCAUUAAUUGCUUUGUUCUAUAUACGGAUCAUGUCCAAUGUAUAAUUUUUCAGUAAAUAACCUUAUUUUAGUAUACUUCA